AGAAUAAGUCUGUAGUUGUGGUCGGUUGCGUCGCGAGUGAAAACAGCCAUCGUCCGCCAUAAACGUGAAAUUUGUUCUCAAAGAGAUAUUUUUCAUGAGUAAAAAGUGAUUGAGUAUGUUUAGAAAAGGCAUAUGCAUUUCCCUAAAAUGGGAAAAUUUCAAUACAACCCAUUCGUGAGUGAGGAUAUUUGAAAAUUUAUAUAGAGACCGACUUUUACAAGAAAGGCUAACCGAGAAAAUUUUGGUGCAAUACGUGUGAGAUCCAAAAAAGUAAUUAAAAGUUAAUUAAAAAGAGGUGUAAAGUUAAAAAUUAGUAAUGUAUUAACGCUGAAAAGGAGCAUUUCCAAAGAUAUGGGAAUUUAGUUUAUGUUACAUUUGUGUAAAGUGCGAAAAUGGAAAUUUUCCUCAAGAUGGUGGUGAAUAAGAAAAAGUUACACACCACACUUGGAUCUCAAUUCACCACUACUGCCUAAGUGUGUGUGCUUGUGCAUCAGUGUGUGUGUAUGCCAAGUUGAAAAGAGAUAGAUAUUGAAAGCCUUAAAAAAACAGGCAAGUGAAUAAAAAAGAAAAUAGUACAUAGAGUGAGAGGAUUCUCACCACAGCAAACAAUUAGUGAGAGUGUGUAUGUGCGUUUGCAUACUUUCUUAUGUUGCAAAAACAGAAACGUCAACUUGACAAUUGAGGCAUUUUUACACCGUUCACAAGGCAUAUUUUUCGCCAUCGAAUCGAAGGUGAAAACCUUAACUUGAUGUUGGUGUUCAAAGAAUUUUCACAUUUCUAGAGUGAUUUUGCCACUGUUUAAAGUAUUUUACGACUAAUGUGAAGUGUGUUGUGAAAUUAAAAUGUCUUUACUGCAGCAAUGACGCAUCAAAACCACCAAACUAACGGCGCCAGUUUGGAGGAUUGCCACACAAAUUUUUUCGCCUUGACCGAUCUUUGCGGCAUAAAAUGGCGUAAAUUGGUCAUAGGCGAACGACCGAAUGCGUCUAGUGAUCCAUUGGAUGAUCCAGUAUUGCGUUCUUAUUCCCGAUGUUUAGCUGCCGACAUGCUAUGUGUAUGGCGACGCGUCGCCGCCAUAAAAUCGGAACCAUCCGGUAGUCUGUAUGACAUAAGUUUACCGGUUCAAGGCUCCACUGGGAAUGGAUACGUCGUACAUCCACCAUUAUCAUUGAGCGCUGCCAAAGAGCUCUGGAUUUUUUGGUAUGGCGAAGAGCCAGAUCUUACGGAAUUAGUUGUACCGGAACUUCUUAGAGCAAAUGAGGGCAGCGAACAGGGAUCUUGGGAAAGCGCCUUAUCUUAUGAAUGCCGUUCUCUAUUAUUUAAGGCAUUACAUAAUCUAAUUGAAAGGAGCCUUUUGUCACGAGAUGUUGUCCGGCUUGGCAGAUGGUUCGUUCAGCCGUGCUCAGGUGCUGACCGUACAUCUGGCAAGAGCUCCCACCAUCUAUCGUUCUCAUUUGCAUUCUUCGUGCACGGGGACAGUACGGUAUGCGCUUCAAUGGAUCUCCGUGAACAUCCAGUGGUACGUCGCUUGACGCCAGAAUAUCUUGCUGAGGCACAGCAGACGGCAAAUGGUGGCGGCAGCGGUGAGGUGCGUCCAAAGCCCGUCAUCCUGGCACCAUUUGGUCUGUCGGCAACCUUGACGGGACAAUUUUUUCGAUCUGGCUCAAUGGAUCCUGUCACACAGAAAGCACUAGAUGACUGGUGUGCUUUCUAUCCACUCAAUACAAAUGGCAAGGAUAAUUCAGAUCUUCCACCGAUGGUUGAAGUUAUAUCAGGUGGCAUAAAGUUACGUUACCCAUCGAAAUACAUCCUAGUCACGGAUAUCGAUGAGAACACAUUGAGUCCGGGUAAGGUGGUACCGACAUGUUCUCAAGGGGGAAUGACGACAAAUAGCAUAAAUGGGGAAAAAUCGGUGCUAGCAAUACCCCAGCAAGACUUAAUGUCACCGAAUCAGGCAGAACGCGAGGGCAUAUCACAUUCAUUGACAGAUAUACCAUUUAAUCACAAUAAUGACCUAGGAAAUCCACUCAGUAUGCAUUUGGCACCGUCUGUUGCAACAGUUCUGCCGGAACGUGUCUGGCAGGAUUGUCUUACGAACCCCUUAUCACAGACUGCCAACAAUGGUGACUUAGGUGCAACCACAACAUCCACUUGUAGCAAUGUUGUGCCAAUUUCAUCAACAUCCCCAAGUGGAAGUAGUAGUAGCAGCAGUAGUAAUAGUAGUAGCAGUAGCAAUGGCUCUACUGCUGCUACGGGGAAUACAGCGGUAACAUCGAGUGGAAUUAUGAUUAAACAGGAGCCCGGUGAGGGUAGUGGAGUGAUACUAUCGUCAAAUAGUGGAAAUUGCAAUAGUGACGCCUUCACAUCAGCGCCAAGUUGGAAUUUUACUGAUCCAACACAGAAAGCAACAUGCACGUGCUUUAGGUGUAGAAAAAUCACUGGACGUUCAUCGGCGACGAGUUGUGGUGGUAAAACAAGUGGUAGAACGGAGAAGGGAACACGAAUAGGUCGAAUACCCUUCCACCGGCGACACCAUUCGUUGUUGUUGCAUGGAUCUAGCAGAUCAUCAUCCACAACAUCCCUUAACUCAACUGCAGCAGUUGCAUCAUCUGCACAUGUUGUUGGUGUUCAAGAUGCUCCCAACUCUGUCACUUCGACACCAACCAGUCAAAGGGCUGGAAAUUUACCACAAAAUCAUCCAUCAUAUCCGAGACAUUCUUCAUUAGCUGAAUCUUUAGCACCAAUACCGUCCGUGGGUUCUCCGAGCAGUGCGGGACCAUCUCCACAUCCAAAUUCAACGCAAUCACAACCCACGUCAGUUCCACCAGCAGAUCAGUUGCUAUCAACCAUAUCACCGCAUCCACCGUCAUCUGUAAAUGCAAGUGCUCAGCCACCGACACCAAUUGAGGCGCAUCUGGAUAAAAAUACUCCAGCACCAACACCAACGGAUCAACAUGAUUCCAAGGCUGUGGCAUCGCCAUAUCAGCAACAGCAGCCACAGGCGCAGCAGCAGCAGCAACAGCAUCAAUCUGUAUCCGACGAUAUGGCAACAUCAAUGUCAACAUCUGCAAAUGCAGCAGCAACAACACUUGCUGGGGCAACGCACUGUCACACAACGUCAUCAGCAGCAACACCCAAAAGUGGAGCAACAACAAUUCAAAAUGAACAGCAACAUGUGAAGAAGUUGGACUCAAUGGGCAGCUUGAAGACUGCCAAUAUUAGUGUAAACAAUAGUAUGAGUGUAAAUAGUAGUGGGAGUAAUUGUAAUUUAAGCAACACUAGUGGAAAUAGCAAUGUUAAUAGUUUUGUGUCAUCACUAAAGAGACCACAGCUCAGUUCAAAAGACUAUGAAAAUAUCAUUGAUGAUGAUUACAUGCCGCACCAAUUGCUCUAUGAUUAUUCAACAUGGGAAGCAUGGCUAAAUCAUCCAGUGAAACGGUACAAACCCAACGAAGAAUCAAAAUUAAAUCAAAGUUACGAUUUAUACGCGGGCCGAGUGCAUUCUCAGGCACAUUUUGCACCAGCAUCCUCAUUGGGAUCACCAGCCACCAUUGAGGGGCAUGCAAUGAAGAAUACGGUGAGUGGUGGUAAAAAUAUUGAAUCAACGAUGUGUGGGCCGAUGGAUGAGGAGGCAGAAGCACCCCUUCUUCAGGCGCACGAAAUCAAAAAGGAGGCCACUGAUGGUGGUGAUGGUGGCAAGGAGGGGAAAUGUCUCACAGAAAGUCUCUUCACAAGUGAAGGUCUUCAGGCUUCCUAUAAGGAUCUCGAUCAAAUUUUUGACAGUUCCGAUGAAACUUCCAAUGAUGAAGCGAUUCCUAUGAAUGUACAUACACCACCUGGUUCAAAUAAAUCCGUGAGCGGAAUGGAUGAGAAGCGUGGCAUGAGUUCGUGUAAUCCCAAUGCGGGCUGUAUACGACCGUAUGGCAAUGAGGAAUUGUCAAAGAUGUUCCCAACACCACCCAGCUUGGAGCACCAUCCAAAUUCAAGUCCAUGCGGUGGAGCUCUCUCAGAUGUACCCAUGACUGAUAUACACAGUCCCAAAUUAAAAUUGGAGAAUUAUCCGAAUCUCGGGAGCCCUGGUGAUGAACCCAUUGAGGAUUGGACGUAUGUCUUUGUACCGCCGAAUAUGUGCAAAUUCGUGGGAUCGUCAAAGUAUGCACCAUUGACGAAUUUACCGAGUCAAUCACUCCUACCCAUUUCACUUCCCAUGACGGCUGUGUAUAAGCCAUCUUGGUUGCAGCAGCAACAGCAGCAGCAAAUUGCAACUAAUAAUGGUUGCAGUAGUAGUUCUAAUAGUAAUUCCAGUAGUAGUGGUGGAGCAACAAGUGGAGGCAAUGAACGUGUUGCAGCAUCAGCAACAGCAGCUCAUGGUGGGCAGAUUGUUGUGAAACAGGAACGUGUGGAGCCACCACCAAUGUCCACGUUGAAUCCAUCAACAAUACCAACACCACCGAAUCCCAUGUCACGGCCCUCGCCAAUUGGACUAAUGGGUGGGCCACCACCGGGUGUAAUGAGUACAGGUGGCCCACCACCACCACCGCCACCAGCUGCAAUGAUGACACCAAAUAUGAUGAUGCCAAUGGGCAUGAAUAUGAUGGCAAAUGGGAAUUUUGGGCAAGGUCCACCGAUGCAGGGGCAUCCCCCGGGUGCCAUUCUCAAACCCGGAAUGUCACCCAUUUCCCCCGCCACGGGACCCUUUCCGGCAGUUGGUAGCCCAAUGCAUGGGCUUCAGCAUCCCUUUAGACGUACCCCAAUCCCACCACCGCCGCCGUAUGAAUUGGCAAUUGCCAGCCCGGCUACAUCAACGAGCAGCUAUCUCAAUAAACAAUUCAACUCGGAGGAGCCAGCAACGCCAUCAAUGGGCGGAACACGGGGCACGCCCGAAGCAAAUGCCCUCCUUGUCAAUGUUCUCCUCUACGAUACACUCCUCAAUGUUUUUCGUGACCACAACUUUGAUAGUUGUACAAUAUGUGUGUGCAAUGCUGGGAAGAAGUGUGUGGGGAAUAUUCGUGGGUCAGACAGUGGGGUCUAUUUGGCGCUUCCGGGAACAACGUUUGCAUCAAUGACAUCAGCCCUGGGGAACAGUGGUGGUGGUGCUGGUGGAAAUAUGUAUGGGAAUGGAAUUGAUUCUCCGGCUGCAAUGAUGGGUGGGAAUAUUCAUCAGAAUGGUUAUUUCGAUGAGGAUCCCAUUAAGUGUCAAUGUGGCUUUAGUGCUGUUGUCAAUCGACGACUAGCUCACCGUGCUGGCCUAUUCUAUGAGGAUGAAAUGGAAAUAACAAAUAUGGCCGAAGAUCCGAGUUAUCACAAAAAACGUUCCCUCCUCACCAUUAUUCUCGGACAAUCGUCAAAUGGUGAAAGUUCCAUUGUGGCAACAUCAGCAAAUAGUGGCGAUGCGAAGGAGAUGGUUGUGAAGCAAGAAAGUAAAUUAAGUAGUGACGGUGUGCCGUGUGGGAGUUCAAGCAACUGUGAUAAUAUGCCGUUGGUAAUGAUGGAUCUGCUCCGGGAACAGUGUUCAGUAGUACAAAGUUCGUCAAAUUCCAUACAGCGUGCAAUCAAGUGUUUCCGUGGACUUGUCGCCACAACAUCCACCACAAUAUCCUCCGGCACCGCAUCUGCCGCCAAUGCUGCACUCAAUGUACUCGAUUAUGCUGAUGCUCAGGAUGUUAUUAGUUUAGCCCUUGAGCAGGGACGAUUAGCGUAUGAAUCGAAUAUUCUCUGUAAAAUGGAAAUGGAUAAUCACUAUGGGAAUUCGAGGUUGGCACUACCACCGGGACCACCAGCAAUUAAGUCCGGGUUGAGUGUACACAAAUGGCCGUAUGUGAGGGCAAAUGGGCCACGUAGUAAUCAGGAUAUUGUGCGAAUUAUGAAAUCAAUGCAACCACUUCUUCAGGAUGCUUUCCACAAGAAGUGUACAACACGUCUCUGGGAUGCACCGUACACUGUCCAGGGGCCCCUCACGUGGCGACAAUUCCACCGUCUAGCAGGCCGUGGGACGGGACAGUGUGAACCCCAACCCAUCCCAUCUGUUGUUGUGGGUCACGAAAAAGACUGGCUGUCCGUUGCCCCGUAUGCAAUACACUACUGGGACAAAUUACUCCUGGAACCCUAUUCGUAUGCACGGGAUGUGGCAUAUGUGGUUAUAGCACCGGACAAUGACACCGUCGUGACGCGCGUUAAGACGUAUUUCAAGGAAUUGAGUACGACGUAUGAAAUGUGCAAAUUGGGCCGGCAUACACCCAUCAAGGGGUGGGAAGGUAUCCUAAGGGUGGGGAAGAAUGUGAAGAACCUCACGGCACUCCCCGGAUUAACGCCCAAUCCCAAUGCAACUGCCAAUGAUUCCAUUGAUGAGUGGUUUGGCUUACUCGGUGAUAGCAAAAUGAGUGAAUACCUCAAAUUCUAUGCACAGGCAUGUCAAGUACAACUUGUCCCCUAUCUGAAUAAAGUAACAUCAGACAAAAGUCUCCUUGACCCACCGGAGAGUGCAAAUUUAAUUGGGAAUGGGAGUCUCAAUAAGGAUCGUUCACUACCGAGUCCGAUGCCACCACCAAAUACACCCGAAUCAUCCCAAACAUCCGACAAAGCACCAAGUACACCAAAAUCCGACAAUGAUGGUGAGAAUCAACGUGACUCCCUCAAUACAUCAAGUUCAAUGUCGACAAUUCAUUCGGAUCCACUUGGAUCAGCGGAUGAUGAUGAAGUCAAUCCACCGUGUAUUGUUGUCUACAUCGUUGAGCCAUUCACGUGCCUGUCUGAUUCGUCAGAUCGGCAGAGAUUGGCAGUUUUGGCACUUCUUAGAUGCUACUCAAAUAUCCUGCCGUCAAUACCGGAGAGUAUAAGGAGUAAUAUACAAUUUCAGCUCAUUUCACAGGAAAGUAUAAUGGAGUUGGGACGAAGUCGUGAUCAGCUUCGUUUCAGUGAUGAAAUGCGUUGCCAGGCACUAAGUGUCUUUUCACAGUGUCGUCGGUAUUUGCUGCACAACAGCAAUGUGAAGAGUUUAACGGGUUUUGGAACAGCAGCCAAUAUGGAGUUGUUCCUGAAGAAUAAGGAUGAGAAGAAUCGCGAGCCGUACAAACUCUACACACCCCCGUACAUAUUGGCAACGCAACAUGAAAAGAGUGAGAAUGCUGAGUUGUUUGGUACAGCUAGUAUUGAGCAGCAAUCAUCGGUGCUGUACUGCAGCUACUGCCUGUCAGAGGAUCAAAGUUGGUUACUGGCGGUGGCAACUGAUGAACGGGGUGAAUUACUGGAGACUGUCACGAUAAAUAUUGACAUCCCCAAUCGGAGUAGACGAAAAAAGGCAUCAGCACGACGUUUGGGCUUACAGAAGUUGAUGGAUUUCAUUUUGGGCGUAAUAUCACAGAGUGUUCAACCGUGGAGACUUGUUGUUGGGCGCGUGGGGCGAAUUGGGCAUGGGGAAUUGAAGGGAUGGAGUUGGUUGCUGAGUAAACAGAAUCUCCUGAAGGCAUCGAAACAGCUCAAGGAUAUUUGUAAGCAGUGCUCUCUCAUGUAUCCACAUGCUGCACCAAGUAUCCUCAGUGCGUGCCUCAUUACGCUCGAACCGGACUCCACGUUGCGCGUUAUGCCGGAUCAAUUUACGCCCGAUGAGCGCUUUAGUCAGAUUUCAAUGCAAAAUCCACUGUCAACACCGCAAGAUGUCACAUGUACGCACAUUCUUGUCUUUCCAACUAGCGCUAUUGCACAGUCAUCACAAACUGCCUUCCAAGACAUUCAGCAUAUCAAUGAUCUCGACGAGGAAUUCUUCCCAAGCCUCGAUGAUGAUGACGGAAUGGAUGGUAUGGAAGCCAUGAAUGGUCUUGGUGAUAUUUUCGAUCAAUGGGACACUGAACCACAAAUGCCACCAGCAAGUCCCGAAAGAACAUCAAAGAUGGGUAGUCCGGGUGGGAUAGAAGACAACCGUAGUCGCCAAAGUCCUGGUCGCAAUAGUGGAAAUUGUGGUCCAACGAGGAAUUUGCAUUCAUCACAGGACACAGAAGAGGUGGGACAAUUGCUACAGCAACCUCUAGCACUGGGAUACUUUGUCUCAACCGCACCAACUGGUCGUAUGCCAUCGUGGUUCUGGUCAUCGUGUCCACAUAUGGAGAAUGUGUGUCCGGUAUUCCUUAAGACUGCCCUCCAUCUGCACAGUCCGGCCAUUCAGCAGAACACCGAUGAUUUGUUGCAACAAAAUCAUUCAUCAGCAACGGAUCAUCCGCUUGAUUCACAAUUCACCGCCGAUGUUCUACGCUACGUCCUCGAGGGCUACAAUGUCCUCUCGUGGCUGGCAAUGGACUCCAAUACACGCGAUCGUCUCUCGUGUCUACCAAUUCACGUGCAAGUUCUCAUGCAGCUCUACCACAUGACGGCAGCUCUCGCAGUUUUCGUUUGAAUUCAAACAACGCCCUACCAUUAAAAUAUUAGAGGAAAAAUAACUGAGGUUUUUUAGCUGAUUGACAGUUUUUUGAAAAUUUUUACCAUCUCACGUAAUUAAAUUAAAUUAUAUAGAAAGAAAAACAAUAUAUACCUACAUAUAUUAUGUAUAAAAAAAAUUAACGGAAAAGUAAAAUGGAAAAAUCUUAAAAUGUCUGAAGUGAAAAUUUCAUAAUGAAUAUUAAGCGUAAUUAAAAGAAACAUAGAAAUCAAAGAAUUUUAUAAAGAAUGAAUUUUCAUUAAUAAAGGGAGAAAAAAAGGAACAUAGAAAUUAUGUAUCAAAUCAUCACAAACGGUGACUUCUUGAGUAACUCAUAGGUUUAAUGAAGAAAAAAAACAAGUUUGAAUAAAAAAAUAAAAAAAAUUCAAAAUAAUGUUUAAAAAAACGAACAAAAACCAAAUAUUCACAAAAAUCUGGAAACAAUAUUAAUUAAAUUAUUUACUCAUAAAAAAUAAAUAUAGUGUUUAAUAGAAUUUGUAUAAAGUAAAAAAAUAAAUAAAAAUAAUUUGAGAGUAAAAGAAAACUAUUUAAUAAUGCAAAAAAGGAAUAAUUGAAAAGCAAAGCAUUGAAAAGAAAAUCUUUGAGGAAAAUCACAUUUUAAGGAAAUUAAUAUACCUACAUUAUAUCUAAAGAUGAUGAGAAAAAAAAGAAAUAAAAUGAAUAUAUUCAUAGUUUCCAGUCAAUUUUUAAAACAUUAUUGUAUUCAUUCCCCUUCCACGCGCCCUUCCUAACACGUAUUUCAGAGAAAAUAAAGACCUAUAUACACACAAUAGAUGUAUAUAUAUAUAUUUCAUUGGGGUAUUAAGUAAAGAAAAAAAAAGUUUCAAAUAAUGACUCAUUUUAGCGAGACAAUUAAAAAAGAAAAAAAAGAAUUACGAAGAAUUAGAUUGAAAAUCACUUAAUUAUUAAAGUUUCUUUUCUUUCUAAUGUGAAUUGAAAAAGAUUUUUUUAGUGAUUUUUCUUUAUUUUCUUAGUGAUUAAUUACAAUGUAGAGAUGAUCUAAAUUAAAUGAAAAAAAAAAACAAUGUCUUGUAUAUAGUGAACAUAAUUUAAAAAUUAAAUUAUAUUUAAUUCAAAUGAAUAAAAAAAGUGAAGAUAAACCAUACUAUAUAUAUUACAUUAACACAAAAGUAAUGUAGGUAUUAAUUUUAUUGACAAGAAAAAAAAACGUGAAAACAUUACGGAUUAUUGCUGUAUUUAAUUAUUAUAUACAAGAGAUUCUUUAAAAAAAAGUAUAUAGGUAUAUAUAUAGAAACUCACUCCCAAUUAACACACACACAUGCAUACAAAGAGAAAUCAAGUAGUAAUUUUAGUGGUAAAAAAAACAUGAAAGAGGAGAAAUUGGGAAAAGAAGGUAUAUAAUUUAAAAAGAAAAAUGUAAUUAAUUGAUAAAAUGACGAAGGGAAAAAGAAUCUGGAGUGAUGUAACUUGGAAGGUUUAAUUUGAAUGAAAAACAAUUUUUUUAAAGUUAUCUUCCUUUAAAAGAAAGUACAUGAUAAUACAUAAAUAUUUAUUUUCAAAUACCUAAGUAAGGAUACGUGAGAGAGAAAAGAGAAAUUUAUCUUUCUUUCUUUUCUCUAAAUUCCUUUCAAGUUAAGUCACUUGCGUAGAGACAAAAAAAUGUGUAAUUAUGAAGGAGAAAACAUUUAUUAUUACGAUGAUGAUUAUUAUAUUAUAUAAUUAUUAUACUAUUAUUAAAAUUUAAAUGAAAAAAAAAACACAAGAGAUGGUAUGUGAGUAUAGAUUAUGCUGAGCGGAAGUAAAGAAAAUAUACCUUAAUAGGCCAAAAUUAAAAGAAAAAAUGUAAUAUAUUGCAUGAAGGUGAGUAAAUUGUAAAUGUUAAGAUUUCAUUUUUAAAAAAAAACCAAUAAAUGGAAAUUAUACAUAAAAAAA